AUUCUGUGCUUUCAAAUUCUAUUCUCCAGUUCGUGGUUUUAAAUAGAGCUCAGUGAAUAUUAGUUCGGAAACUGAUCGUAUAAAGCCGUAAUCCUUUCGGACUCUCGUCGUUUUCCGAAGUUUUGUCUCUGCUGAUCUAAUUUAUGCAGUAUCGAAGGCGCUAAUUUUUUUUACCUCAACAAAAUUCCGAAUCGCAUGCUUUCUAUAUUUCCUUUGUUUAAAAAUGCUUUCUCAAGCGCAAUUACUCGACGAAUUGAUGGGCAGGGACCGAAAUUUAGCCCCUCAAGAAAAGAAGUCAAGUUUACAUUGGUCUGACCCGAGUGUAAGUAUGAAUUUUAGCAAAAAAUUGGCACAGAAAAUAUGAAAUUAUAAAUUCAAUAUGGCGCCAAUUAUUGAAUUUUCUAUGAUGACUUUUGUAGGUUUGUAAAAUGUAUAUCGCUGGGUUUUGUCCGCAUGAUUUAUUUACUAAUACAAGAUCUGAUUUAGGUAAGUUUUUGAUAGAUGACUUGAGCUGCAGCCUGUGCUAUUGUAGGCAGUGCAAAUCAUAACCUCGCUGGAAAGUUUGGAAAUUGCACAACCGAGAUUUUGAAAAUUUAAUAGUAAAUAUAUAGAAAGCAUCAAAAUUGUGCGCCUAAUAUAUUGGUUGCGCGAUACAAACUUUCCACACUGGGCAUCGGAUUGAUAGGGAUACGACUACCUGAAAAAUACAACGAGAAUUUUGACGUUUCAAGUGAACUUCUCAAAGAAGGGCUUUUCACUUGAAACAUUGAUGUUCUCCUUGUAUUUUUCCGGCAGUUUUGUCCCAGUCUUCCUGACUGGAAAGUUUGGGAAUUGACCACCUAAAAUAUAAAAACAAAUAGUAAAUACACAGAAAGCAUCAAAAUUAUGUGCCCAAUUUAUUGGAUGCAUGAUACAAACGUUCCAAUGCUGUGCUGAGUGGUUAUAUAACCACACAGCAUUUUCACAUUGGUACUACCUACACUGGUACAGACAGUUUUAGUAUACAAAUGUUCCACACUUUUCUACGGCCAUCGGCUAAUCUGUAGUGUGAUGGUUAGCACUUUGGGUGUUGAAUCUAACAAUUUAAAUAAGGAACUGAAAACUGGUGUCAGUUUCACUAAAUUUUGUUUUACCUUUUUUAGGAUUUUGUGAAAAAUUGCAUGAUGACAAAUUGCGAGAUGAGUAAGUGACUUAUCUGUUAGGAUUUGCG